AUGCUACAGUCGAUAUUUAAGCGAGUAUCGAUACAUUCGCGUAAUACAUUUAGCAUUCUAAGAACGAUGGCUACUACGAACAACCAGCUCAGUCAGUUAUACUUGGCGGAACGGAAUGCUCCCGUUAUUAUGCUCAGCGCUCGAAAAUUCUUUGAACAGCUAACUCAGAAGGAGAAACUAUAUGCCCACUACCUCGUUAAGGCGGCCCAUUGCGGCUCGCGUGUGGUAUUACGCCAAGUGUCUCACGAAAGCGAAUCGAUCUUUGAUAUGUUACUAAGUAUCCAUAAAGUGAUGGCCGGGCGCUACCAUGAAUCAGAAGAGAAUACUCUCUUCUUAGAGUAUACUUCUCAAUUCCUUAGCAACUUGGGGAACUUCAAUUCAUUUGGUGACACUAAGUUUAUUCCGCGCUGUACCCAAGGGCACUUCUUUUCCCUUUUGAAACAAGCCGGCCUCGACAAGAAAGCGAAGCCUGCCACUAAUGGAUGUCCAUUUAAAACCUAUAAAGAAUUAGUGGAGAUUGGCGUCUAUGCCGUUGAUGCCAAAUCUGCAAUGCUAGGUUUCCCGGAUCUUGGUCAUACGACGGCUUAUUACUUUAACUGCGUUAGUAAAGCCGACAUGCAGUUGUUGCAGAAGGAAGUCUUUGCCGCACUCGAUAUUAUGCCAGAGAAUAUCAGAGUGAAGAAAGGCGAUGAUGGGAACUUUGUAAUUCUAGUUGCGUCUGCAAAGAAGAAGGUCGCAGAGAACUAUCCUACGGGGCCUGUAAAAUUGUCUAAUGGUCGCACUGUGAAGUUUCAGUUUGGUGACCAUAACCGUGAGAUGAAGAUGAUCGCAGGAUAUUUGAAGAAGGCGAAGGAGUAUGCUGCAAAUGACACACAGCGCAAGAUGAUGGAGGAAUAUAUCAAGCAUUUCACUACGGGUGACAUGAAAGCCCACAAGGAAUCACAGAAAUUAUGGGUCAAAGAUCUUGCUCCUGUAGUUGAAACAGAUACAGGCUUCAUCGAGACAUACAGGGAUCCUGCAGGUAUCAUAGGCGAGUAUGAAUCUCUUGUUGCCGUAAGGAACAAAGAACAGACCAAAAAAUUUGCUGAAAUGGUGGCAGCUGCGGAAAAGUUCCUUUCUCUACUUCCUUGGGGGCCUGAAUAUGAGAAGCCAGUAUUCCAGGCACCCGACUUCACUUCUUUGGAAGUUUUAGCGUUCACUGGGAGCGGCAUUCCUUCUGGUAUAAAUAUUCCAAACUAUGAUGACGUGCGGCAAAACGUUGGCUUCAAAAAUGUGUCUUUAGGUAAUGUGGUCAGUGCCCCAAUCAAAGACCAGAACCCUACCUUUUUAUCUGAUACAGAUGGAGAGAUAUUCAAUAAGUAUUACAUUGAUGCAUAUGAGGUGCAGGUCGGUAUUCACGAGCUCUUGGGCCAUGGCUCUGGCAAACUAUUGUCUGAGCUACCAGAUGGUUCCUUCAACUUUGACAUAAAAAAUCCGCCACUCGGAGUUGACGGAAAACCUGUUUCUACAUACUAUGCCAAGGGUGAAACUUGGGCCUCCAAGUUUGGGCCGUUGGCCGGCCCAUUUGAAGAGUGUCGUGCUGAGGUCAUUUCCAUGUAUCUCUAUACUAAUCGAGAACUAUUGUCAAUCUUUGGCUUCACCACCAAAGAGGAGCAAGAUAAAAUCAUCUACACUUCCUAUCUCGUAAUGAUUCGGUCAGGCUUGAUGGCCUUGGACUUUUGGGACCCCGCUACCAAGAAUUGGGGCCAGGCUCAUAUGCAGGCUCGUUUCUCUAUCUUGAAGACAUUUUUGGAAUAUUCCCCAAACAAAGAAUUACUGAAACUAACCUACUCUCAAUCUGACUUUGAUGAUCUAAAGAUUGAGUUACGUGCUGACCUCAUUGAAACCGCUGGCCACGAGUCAAUGAAGGAUUAUUUGAGACACUUGCACAUAUACAAGGCAACUGGUGAUUUUGAGAAUGGGUCGAAGUACUUCGUUGAUAGAAGCACCGUCACGCCCGAAUUGGCAAAGUUUAGGGACGUGGUGCGCAAGAAGAAGCUUCCACGGAGACAGUUUAUCCAGGCCAAUUCGGUUUUGAAUACUAAGGGACAAGUUUUGUUGCGCGAAUACAAGUCAAAUUUUGAAGGAAUGAUUGAGUCUUUCGUUGAGAGAGAAUACUAA